AGAGUGGUUGCCAAUUUUUACCAUCUCUCCUCCAUAACCAUCAUGGCCGCCGUCCUAGGGAGGUUGUGCAGAUCUGGUGUUUUAACACCAAAUAAUGGCAUUUCGCUUCACCAGAUUGCCAACCUAUCAACGGGGGCCAAAUUCGGCAGGAACCGAAAAGUGAUAUACACUGCCUUCGGUGUUUUGACCGGGGGUGCAGCCGGCCUGCUCAUCGCCCUUGAACAGUCAGUUCAAGCCUCUGGAAAUGACCUUAAACCACCCAAGAAUGUGUGGCCCCAUUCUGGCACAUUUUCAUCUCUAGACCACUCUAGCGUUCGACGAGGGUACGAGGUGUACAAACAAGUCUGUGCUGCCUGUCACAGCAUGCGCUACAUUGCUUACCGCAACUUGAUUGGUGUGUCCCACACUGAGGCUGAAGCAAAGGCGGAAGCUGAAGAAAUUCAAGUCAGGGAUGGUCCCGAUGAUCAAGGAAACUACUUCAUGAGGCCAGGAAAACUGUCCGACUACUUCCCUAAUCCUUAUCCAAAUGAAGAGGCAGCCCGUGCAGCAAACAAUGGUGCUUACCCACCAGACUUGAGCUACAUCGUCUCGGCUCGCCAUGGAGGAGAGGAUUACAUCUUUGCGCUGCUGACUGGCUAUGUUGAUGCUCCAGCUGGUGUUGUCCUGAGGGAGGGUCAGUACUUCAACCCCUACUUUGUUGGAGGUGCUAUCAGUAUGGCUCAGGCCUUGUACAAUGAAGUGAUUGAGUACUCUGAUGGUACUCCUGCUACUGCCAGCCAGCUGGCGAAGGAUGUGAGUGCGUUCCUGAAGUGGACAGCAGAGCCUGAGCAUGACCAACGCAAGAAGAUGGCCCUCAAGGCAAUCAUGAUGUUUUCGCUUCUAUUCGGUGUCCUCUUCUACAUCAAAAGACACAAAUGGUCAUCUUUGAAGACACGAAAGGUUGCUUUCAAACCACCCAGCCCAAAGUAGUUACAUAUAUGUAUGUACAUAAACUCAAAAGAGAAAUAAUGUCAAUGAAAUAGAAACUGUUAUAGCAGACUUGCAUUUCUUUUAAAACCACAAAUUCUGACUCCUAAUUUCCACCUUUUUAUUUUAAAUUAUAAUGUUGCUCCGGAAAGGGACACUUAGGUGAGACUAAUUUGUGGCUUUAAAAGAAACAUCCCAUUAAAAAUGAGUAGGUCAUUUCAAUGUUUUAAUUGACCUUUCGUAAAAUAAUGACCCGAAAAAGCCGCAAUACACAGACAAGCUGCCAUUAAUUGACUAUGAGUAUGUACACGUCAGUUCAUGCCUGUCAAAUUUAUCGUCUGCACUUCUAACAUCUGUGUGGGUUGGUAAAUAAAUUGUUAUGUUGGAAAAUCUUAAUAAUUGUUUCUUAAAACAAG